UUAAUUAAAAUAUUAUACGGGCACACUUCAUCAAUUUUUUUUUUCAAUUACAUUUAAAAACAGCUAAAAAUUGAUGUAAACAACCUAAUUAUUUAACUUAAUUAACAUUUAAAAUGUAUGCAUGUCAUUUUCCAAAUGACAUUAUUAAUUUCAUUACUAAAACAAUACCAUCUCACUGUAUCUCAGUCUCUUAACGCCAAGCACUACGCCUAUAACAAGCAAAAAACACUUGCUUUCAAAGUCAAUAAAAAAGUUAAAAAAGAAAAAAAAAACAUAUAUAGACCCCCAACCACCUCCUCUCCUACACAACUCAGCAUUCAGCCUCCCAAUCCUCCAUGCCUCGCCGUCGCUACUCGCCGGCGGCUCCACUUCUUCCUCUGCCACUUCUAAUCAUUCUCUUGCCUACAAUUGCUUUGAUCCUUUUACUCUCGCUUCUCUCCUUAUCCUCUCACAUUCUCCGUCCAAUUUCAGUAAAGAAAGGUUGGGACUCACUCAAUGUGUUAUUAGUCUCGUUUGCUGUUAUUUGUGGCAUUUUCGCUAGACGAAACGAAGAUGAACCGAUCGCUGAUGAAGGCAAUACGAUGCCGUACGCGAUUGAGCAAAAGACGUCACGAAAUUCGGUUUCGAAUGAGUGGAUUGAUCAUCGGUACUAUAAUACGACCCCGGCGAGUGGUGCGGGCCGGCUGAAGAGGAAUAGUAGCUCGUACCCGGAUCUGAGACAAGAUUCGGUUGGGGAAACCGGGGAGAACCGGUUCAGGUUCUUCGAUGACUUCGAUUUGAGUAAAUAUCGGUCACUGGAGGCGGAUGUAUUAAAUUUUCAUCGCCAUCGGAGACAGGAGAGUGAAAUUCAGGACGAGCCUAAGGAGAUUCCAGUGGAUACUUUUGUGCUCAGUUCUUCUACUUCUCCACCGUCUCCGUCGAAUUCUCCGGCGCCGCCACCACCAUCGCCGCCGCAGCCUCCUCCGUCCACAAGACAUCAGAAGCCAAGAAGAGCAUAUAGGUCCGUUGGCCAUAAACGGAAGGUUGAGAAUUCGAGUGAUCACUGUAAUGCUGGAUUCGAGAAGAUUAAAUCCCAGCCUCCACCUCCGCCACCGCCAAGGCCACCACCGCCGCCUUCGGUUCCGACUGUUGAAACGGAGCGGAAGUAUUCGAAAAGUGAACGGAAAAUGAGUAAUGCAAGGAACGAGAUAAAGAUGGCUUUGACUUCACUGUACAGUCAAACAAAGAGAAAGAAGAAAAGGCUGAAAAGAAAAAACCCAUCAGAUGAUUAUUCUGAUCACGCUCCAGAAGAACCUGUUUAUUCCACAAGACCGCCACCAUCCCCGCCUCCACCUCCGCCAUCUGUCUUUCAUAAUCUAUUUAGAAAAGGAAGCAAAAGUAAGAGAAUUCACUCCUGCUCCGCACCACCAUCACCGCCACCACCUCCACCUCGAUCAUCAAAACCUAAAAAGAGCCAAACUCCGACACCACCACCACCGGAGGCUCCACAAACUCCUCGACCAGAAUCAUCCCGAAGGCGACCUGAGGGCACAACGGGCCGGCCUCCAUUGCCGACAAGAACCGACCGAUUCUAUAAUGAAACAGCGAAUAACGGAGGACAAUCUCGGUUAAUUCAAAUGCCGCCUCUGCCUCCGCCUCUGACUCGAGGGGAUUUUGUUAGAACACGGAGCACUCACAAUUCAAGAUGUAGCUCUCCCGAAUUGGAUGAUCUUUAUGUUUCAUCGACUAAGGGAAAUCCCGACACGGUCAACACGAUGGACGGUGGUGAUGGUGUCAUGGAAUCCGCGUUCUGUCCAAGUCCCGAUGUGAACGUAAAGGCUGAAGCAUUCAUUGCUAGGCUGAGAGAUGAGUGGAGACUCGAGAAGAUGAAUUCCGCGAAGGAGAACCGCAAUUUGGACCGUGGACCAGGCCCAAACUUAGGCCCAGGACUAGGCCCCUAGCGUUGGUAGAAAGUUACUUGUAGGUGCAGUACUAUAUGCUUUUGGGCUUUGAAGGUAGAGAAUAAUCAAUAAUAUUAAUUAUAAUAGAAAUUAUAGAUGAAAUGGGGCCUGAAGAAUUGCUUUUUAUUCACUCUUGGAGCUCCUGGUGGAGGAUAUGAAGUGGAAUUUAAGUUUGAACAUGUGUUUGAUCAAGUGACAAGUAUA